CCAUCACUGAAUGGAGGGAUCAAAACUUGCUCAUGGUCAUGAUUCUUUUCUCCUCGUAAAAAGCCUGGGGCUAGAAUGAUAUACACCUCGGGAUAGAAGAGCGUCUUUCUGCUCUUGUACACUCAAACUACUUAGCCUUGGAGUACUAAGUCUUAAAGGUACGAGUUCGAUGCGAGGCCUUUGUGGACCUAGGAUGAGAAGCGAGCUUUUUCCAUAAAAGACACCAAAACUGAAAGCGUAACAUCUCCACCGGAUGGGAGGAUUUUUAUUUCUUCUCGUUUGAAAAUGUGUUUUUUGACUGUACCGAUUUUCCAAUUGUCAUUCCGUUGAUUUGCGACUCGAUGGCCAUGAGAUGCCAAUUUUGGCAUGCAGACUGACUAUAUCAUUCCAUAGUGAGUGUUGUAUGUUUUUCAGUCGGCGAGAAUGAAGACAGAGCGCAAGUUUGUACUCUUUCUCGUCCUGCCAUGCCUUUUUGAAAAUCCAAUUGCCGCCUUUCAGAUCUCGAAACCAUUGGAAUGUGAAGAUGACAACAUUUGUAUUAUCCAGUCCACCUUGAUCUCACCCGUUUGUGUCGGAGGUUUCUGUGUGCCCAGGGCCGACCUUCAUAUGGACGUCUGGAUCUGUACUUAUUCCAAUGCGACACUCCCAAGUCGUCGCAUUCUGGUACACGUGGACGACUCACUCUCUGGAAAAGGAUUGGAAAAGGCUAGCGUGACGUACCAAUGCCUUAAUGGAAGCACCACGCUUCAAGGCAUGGAAGUGACGAGGGAAAACGGCUUAGCCAAUCUGACAGUGUCACCAGAUUGCUCGGAAAUGAAGGUGGUGGUUAUCUCUGAUGGUUACGCUGAAGGUCAAGCCAUCGUUCCAAUCAAUCAUGACGACCUCGAGGCUCACCCGGAUCUCGGUGAUGGCAAAGAAAAUGAACGACGUGACACGGAAAUUAAUCUCUCUUUGGCGCCAAAGCAUUUUGGAAAGGACGUGAUCAUUCGGGCAGUCCUUAAUUGGGCGUCGUACCGUCGGGAUUUGGACCUUCAUGUGGUGGCCUUCGAUCCCAAAGGUCAAGUGAGUUGCCACGUAAGCCACUCCAAGAAAUAUUGCCCUCACAUGUCCUUGGACCGAGACAACACCAAAACAGGAGACCAUGGCUCGGAAACAAUUUCUUUUACCAGAGGAUCUGCCAAAAAGUAUUUGGUCUACGUCAAAGUUUACCCAGAAUAUCGAUACCUGUAUAAUUCUGGCGCAAGGAUUACUUUGUAUUCCGUGGGAUCCAUCACAAAACCAGUAACCUUGUCAGGGGUUACAGAGAACGACAAGCAGCGUGUUUGGUUGGUGGGAUGUUUCCUUGGAAGUCUGGGCCUGAAAUCUUGGACAGAAAUUAACCUGCCCCUGCAUCGAAUACCAAUCAAUUCAGAUUGCAACCCAAUCACUUAAUCCGGGGAAUGGUGUCGACAUGUGAAUUGGCAACAUGUGUAUCAUCAGCAAAAAAUAGAACAAAUUUCACGUUUAAUAUUCAAAGCUCUCUGAAAAUAAAUGCAAGAAUGGACA